AAGUUCGAUUUAUUAUUAGCAUAGACAUACAGAAUUACUCUACCAUGCAAGUGCCAUGCACACAUCCUCGGUUACCUUAGCAACCAGCCAAACAAUGUUAGACGCUCCAAUUCUCACCAGACACAAGAUAAACAUCAACCACAUUGUAUGACCAAAUUGCAACUUUUCUGCUAAGGAAUUAAUAGUUAUUUAAUUAAUGCUCAGAUUGCUGAAGAAGCCGGUCGCUGUGCGCAUGCGCAGUGCUGCAAGUUACGCUGUGUCGGAUUUGAAGCGAGCACUCCUUAGCUGGAAUUCUCCAAUGAAUGGCACGAUGGCCGCCUCGUCUGAUAGGAUCAUGCUCGGGCCUCUGGUAGGGGCAAUCGAUCAAGGCACGAGUUCCACUCGAUUCUUAGUGUUCAAUGCAAAAACUGCAGAGCUGCUCAGUCACCAUCAGGUCGAGAUACAGCAAAGUUUCCCUAAAGAGGGCUGGGUGGAAGAGGACCCCAAAGAAAUCCUGAAAUCUGUGUAUGAGUGCAUGGACCGAACCUGUGAGAAACUCACGCAGCUCAACAUCGACAUCUCCAACAUCAAGGCAAUUGGCGUGACCAAUCAGCGAGAAACCACACUGGUCUGGGACAAAGAAACAGGCGAGCCACUCUACAAUGCGAUUGUUUGGCUGGACCUUCGCACCCAGUCCACUGUGGAGAGACUCAUCAACAACACACCAGGCAGAAACAAAAAUCACCUGAAGCACAAGACCGGGCUUCCCAUCAGCACGUACUUCAGUGCGGUAAAACUGCGCUGGUUAAUGGACAACGUAGAGGAGGUGCACAAGGCCGUGGUUUCACACACAGCCAUGUUCGGGACCGUCGACUCCUGGCUGAUAUGGUGCCUGACCGGUGGGAAGAAGGGAGGAGUCCAUGUUACAGAUGUGACUAAUGCAAGCAGGACCAUGCUCUUCAAUAUACACACUCUGGACUGGGAUCCAGACCUCUGCAACUACUUUGGCAUACCAAUGGAGAUUCUGCCCAAAGUGCGGAGCUCCUCAGAAAUCUACGGUUUAAUGAAAAUCAGUUCUAGUCUGAACUCUGGUCCCCUCACUGGUAUUCCUAUAUCAGGGUGUCUAGGGGACCAAUCUGCCGCUCUUGUGGGACAGAUGUGUUUUCAGGAAGGCCAGGCCAAAAACACUUACGGAACUGGCUGUUUCCUGCUCAGAAACACAGGACAAAAGCCGGUAAUUUCAGAUCACGGUCUCUUAACUACAAUAGCAUAUAAACUGGGGCGAGACCAGCCAGCCUGCUACGCAUUAGAGGGUUCGGUUGCUAUAGCAGGAGCGGUGGUGCGCUGGUUAAAAGAUAACCUCGGGAUUAUCCAAAGUUCCACAGAGCUCGAGAAACUGGCGGCUGGUGUUGGAACAUCGUACGGCUGCUACUUCGUCCCUGCGUUUUCAGGUCUUUACGCCCCCUAUUGGGAACCAAGCGCCAGAGGAAUCAUCUGCGGGUUAACUCAGUUCACAAACAAGAGUCACUUGGCCUUCGCUGCUCUUGAAGCAGUCUGCUUUCAGACACGAGAGAUUUUAGAUGCAAUGAAUCAGGACAGUGGGAUUCCACUGACUCAGCUCCAGGUGGAUGGAGGCAUGACCUCCAACAAACUUCUCAUGCAGCUCCAGGCAGAUAUUCUCUGCAUUCCAGUUGUGAAGCCGUCCAUGCCGGAGACGACAGCUCUUGGAGCAGCCAUGGCAGCAGGAGCAGCAGAGGGGGUCCGAGUGUGGAGUUUGAAUCCUGAGGACCUCACUGAGGUCACCUCGGAGAAGUUCGAACCCCAGAUCAACCCAGAGGAAAGCGAAUUCCGUUAUGCUCGUUGGAAAAAAGCUGUCCGGAGAUCCAUGAACUGGGAGACUACAGAGCCAGUCAACAAUGGAAACGAGGAAUCUAGUAUCUUCAGUAGUGUCCCCCUGGGCUUUUACAUUCUGGGUAGCAUGUUUAUGUUUAUUGGAGCAAAAUACAUUGCAGGUUACAAGUAGACUUCCUGGAUCAUCUUCAAUGUUAAAUAAUGAGAGAAAAACGCUGGAUUUUAGGUAUGUCCUCUACUGUAACGUCACUAUUACAUUGUUCCAAAAUGGACAUUCCAGCUGUGGCUGCUAAGUUUACAGCUUCAGUCUCCAGGGAGCUGGGGACAACUCGACCAUCUCUCUCUACGAUCUCUAAACAAAGAAUAAAGUUUAUUUUGACAUUUUUGUACUUGGUUGCCACUGCGACUGGAACAAUUUCUAUGAACAAAACGCUUUGUGGCCACUUCUGAAAUUGCACAGCACUGUUGUACUUAUGAAGGAACAUCUGACAGCCUGAACAUCUUUCAUCCGACCCAAGCUGGUUCCUGUAGCUACUCUUCUAUUACGAUCCUAUAUAGAUCAUAACAUUUUCCAUGUGUAGCUCAGUGAGUUUGUUGGACAGUGUUGUAAAUCUGACCAACUUUAAAUUGUGCCAUGUAGUAGCUAUUCAUUUUGGUUCAGUACUUGUCAUGUCAUGCAUUAGACUGUGCCCAUAGCACUUUACCAAUAUAUAAUAUGUGGACAAAAUUUUUGGGACACCUGACUUUUCCAGCCUAUGUGGUUCUUCCUCAAACUUUUACCACAAUAUUGGAGGCACACAUUUUUAUAGGAUGUCUUUGGAUAUGGUAGCAUUAAUAUUUCCAUCUAUCUCUUUCACAAUUACUAUGCACUGUACCGAUGUGAACUCCAUUAAGAUAUAAUUUACAUGGGUUGAAGUGGAAGAUCUUGGGUGGCCUGCUGUAGCGCUCAACUUCAGCCCUAUUGAACACAUUUGGGAUGAAGUGGAAUGCUCGAUACACCCUAGGAAUCUUCACAAAAUCUCCACAAGUAGACUUCAAAAACCAGUGGAACGUCUUCUAAGCAGAGCAGAAGUUAUUAUAAUAGCAAAUGGGGACUAAAUGUGGAAUAGGAUGUUCAGAAAUUCCAUAUAAAUAAUAUGGUCAUGUGUCCAAAAACCUUUGUCCAUAUAGUGUAUCUCUAAGAAAUGAAAGCACUGAGAUGGACUGUAUUUGGCAUUUAAACUUUUUUUUUUAUCUUUAUUGGGUUCUGUAUAGUUGGUGAACAGAAUUGUCAGUUACUGUUCUUUUGCUGUGAGAUGCACAAUCCAAAAUACUGUGGAAGAUGAAAAAGCUCAGACUCAGACUGUCUACACUCUUAAAAGAGUUUCUACUGAAACGUCAAACAUCAGUCUGUGUAACAGGACAUUGCUGAUAGUCGCUAUUAUUUAUAAUGUAUUUCUAAACAGUGAUGUCUCUGACCUAAGGGACUGUGCUUUCCUAUAAUGCACUGUGCACAUGCAUCACUUUCAAUGCUGAGAAUAUUGGAUGAGAAGCAGCAAAGCAGUUUGCAAAAACCUUUAAGUUGUUGUCUAAUCAAAUAACCAGACAUUACAUAAUCUGCAGCAGGCCAUGUUUGUUUUGUCGAUGGUUAAUUAUUCAGGCACUUAUCUCAUGGAUUACUGUUUAUGAACUAGGCUUCCUUAGAAGAAAAAAAAAAACGAUCAUGAUGUUAUUUAUUUGUGAUGAAGUACAAGAAUGCUUGUAUGUUUGUGUUCGAAUCUAUGUUUAAAGUCUGAUGUAAGCUUAAACAGUACCAUGUGUGCUAGUACAAUUAAAUAUCGAUGAAGAAUGAAUAUUGCAGUGCUCAAACCAAAAUUGAUGCCAUUUGUGCCUCAAAUAAAAUUGUUAUGCAUGAUUGUAGGACUAUAUAACACCUACAUAAGCUCUUUCUGAAAACUGAAAUGAACCCAACAUCGAACUUUAUUAUAGAAUGUCGUGUCCAGUGUCAUUUCCCCUUAAGAAAACUUAAGAUAAUUAUUGUCAUGUGACUGUCAAGUGAAACAAGAUUACAAGAAACAUGAUGGCGAUCACAGCAAUGCUAUCCAAUCAUGGGUGUUUUUGAGGUCAUGUACGUGGAAGAUCACAGACAGCACUUUUCUCAGUGUGUUGCACUGCCUUUUGAGGCAACAUGAACAGCAGGUUGAAGAGGUGCUUGAAACAUUUAGUUUUGAAGGAAGCAUGUGCAAGCCAUCCACCAUCACAGUUGUUAGCUGAUGUAAAAUAUACGAGACCUGGUUAGUGAAUGAAAAUUGACAGUUGAUCAAAUUGUGGAGAAAACAAUUCUAUAAAGUCAGCUAUCAGGAUGCCCUACCAUUUCUUUCCCCAGAAAGUGAAAUAACACAACCUUGUGUUUUUUUUUUUUUGUCAUCUUAUAAUUAAGUUAUAAUGUAUUUGUCAGUUGUCAUAAAGUGCUUAUGUAGGGUCAAUUUGUUUCUAUGAGCACUGUUCUUAGGUAAAGUGUUGUGUUUUAAUAACCAUGGGUGAUGGUAUUAAAAUACUUUUUUUUUUUUUUUCAGUUUACUAUUCUUUAACUAUUCGGGUGUGGAGCCAUUGUGCUUAAGAUACUUUGUUGUGAAUGAUUCGUAUUCAUAUUUUCCUGAAUUCAUAUUUAAUUUUUCUUUUAAAUAAGCAUUUGAUCAAAAAGCCAAUGAUCUAAAUGUAAAAUCUGAAUAAGCAUGAUACACCAUUUUUAACAAAGCCAACUAGUUAAUUGUGUCAAUAUACAUUUUUGUUUAUUUUUUUGGUUUGUAAAAGGGACUUUUUAGACAUUUUUUGUGUUCAACACAAAUUUAUAAUAUAUUCAUGUUGAUUUAAAUGGUUUUAUUUUUUUGUUUUGUUUUUUUUAAAUAGGCUUGAUUUGACCUAUCCACUGUUCUAGCACAUAUCAGUGGCCAGUGUUAUUGAGGCAUUUUGUCUCAACCAUGCACUUUGCACACAUUUGGAACAGACGUAGUGUGUACUUACUUGGCUAUAACAAAUAUAGUGUGCUAUUAAUACUCCAUGUACUAGCAGUUAUAAAACUGGCUUUAGACUGUGAAAGGAGAUUUAAUAUAUCUUUAAUUAGUGAGCAAUUGAGCAGAAAUGUUGCGUAAACACAUACCAAAAUUUGAACAAACAGUUUGCAAUUUUAUAAUUGCUGUGUAAACUAUUUCAGUGCAGUGAUAUAAAGUGAUCUGUUUAUGUGAUGCUACGUAACUAAUGUAAAGAUAAACAUUGUAAGUAAUUAUGUAAGACUGUGUGCUACAUGGUACAAGUGCAUCAUGCAUGGUCUAAGAUUAUAGUGCACAGUGAAGAAUUUUUUUGUGUGUGUGUUUACGUUGGUACAAAUUAAUAUUUUGUAAAGAUUUUGCUUGAAAUUCCCUCACGUUUAAAACUAAAUAAAUAUUGCUGCAAAUUAAAACAA